GAGCAUGAUGAAGUCUACUAGUGUCUUCUUCCUUCUCUGCACUUAGCCAGUAGCCAAAGGCAAGGCAGGCACCGCGACGGCGUCGUUUUACAUGCUCCCUUCCCGACCGCGAAUGUGAACUAUUUUCUACUUUCUUCAACCACUCGCUGCUCGUUUUCCGCUUUGUCUCCUCUCUUCACAAUCAAUGUCAGUGGAGUAGCUCGUGAGUCCGUGAUCCAUAAAAGCUUUCACGUUUCCGGAUUGAGGAUGCUACACGGUUGAGUGGAGAGACAAAGAUUCCAUUAGGACAAAAUGGAGCAAUAUGAAAUCCUUGAGCAAAUAGGGAAGGGGGCUUUUGGGUCAGCCCUUCUUGUGAGGCAUAAGCUUGAAAAGAAAAAGUAUGUUUUGAAGAAAAUUCGUCUUGCUCGCCAAACAGACAGGACACGCCGAAAUGCACACCAGGAGAUGGCACUCAUUUCGAAAAUGAAAAAUCCAUUUAUUGUGGAGUAUAAGGACUCCUGGGUGGAGAAGGGUUGCUAUGUGUGCAUAAUCAUAGGUUACUGUGAAGGUGGUGAUAUGGCAGAAGCAAUAAAAAAGGCGAAGGGUAUCCACUUCACUGAAGAGAAGCUGUGCAGAUGGCUUGUUCAACUUUUAAUGGCUCUUGAUUACUUACACAUGAAUCAUAUCCUUCAUCGAGAUGUCAAGUGUUCAAAUAUUUUUCUAACCAAAGACCAAGACAUUCGUCUUGGUGAUUUUGGACUUGCCAAGAUGUUGAGUUCUGAUGAACUUGCUUCCUCUAUUGUUGGAACUCCCAGUUAUAUGUGUCCUGAGCUUCUUGCUGAUAUACCUUAUGGCUCUAAAUCAGACAUAUGGUCUCUAGGAUGCUGUAUAUAUGAAAUGGCUGCACUGAAGCCUGCAUUCAAGGCAUUUGAUAUGCAAGCCCUAAUCAACAAGAUAAACAAGUCUAUAGUGGCACCACUUCCUACAAAAUAUUCUGGUCCAUUCCGGGGUCUUAUCAAGAGCAUGCUGCGGAAAAAUCCAGAAUUACGGCCUAGUGCUGCAGAGCUUCUUAGGCAUCCACACCUUCAGCCUCAUGUGAUUAAUAUUCAUCUUAAACUCAAUAGCCCGCGGCGCAACAGUUUACCAAAUUACUGGCCCGAUAAUGAUAUAAAAAAAUCCAGAUUUACAGGGCCAGAAAGUGUUCCUUAUUAUAGAGAGAAGAGGCUGUCAUGCGGCAAUGACAGGACUUUGAAUCCCAGUGUUUCUGAAAAUGAUCAUGACUAUUCAUUUUCUGGUCAACGAUAUCGUGAUAAGCCAAGUAGAAUCACUGCAUUGUCUACUGGAAGCACUGAAGGAGGAACCAUCACGAAAAAAGUUACUACAAAGGCUUCGAAUGCAGUCAAGAAUACCAAAGCAACCCUGACAAAAGCUUCUCCUACUCCAAAGAGACAAGCAUCAGCACUGAAACACAAUGAGCUGGUUCCUACUUCAAGAACUUUGGUGAAGAGAUCUGUUUCUACAACUCGUAGAGCGUCUUUGCCCUUGACCACCAAAGCUGCAGCUCGAGAGUUACCGCACAGGCCCAGUCUUGGUGUCCUUGAUUGCUACAGGUCUCCAGAUGUUUCUGUCAAUGCCCCCAGGAUGGACAAGAUGCUUGAGUUCCCCUUAGCCUCGUACGAAGACCCUUUCCAUCCUAUCCGUAAAACUUCAUCAACUUCUGUGCAAGAUUCCUCUGGGUCGCCAGAAGGGGACUGUUCAAUCAUGAAAGAUAAAUGCACAAUCCAGAUCGCUGACAGCAAAUCUGAUAAAUUGAGCUACACUGGUGGUUGGCAAGGAUUUACAAGCCCCAUCCUGCCAAUGGAUCGAGAGGAUGGAAGUGAUUGUUCUGAUCAAAAUGCAACUGCUGGUGCAUCAAGUCGAACCUCAUCAGACCAAAGGCGUCGUCGUUUUGAUAUGUCAUCUUACAAACACAGAGCCGAAGCAUUAGAAGGACUGCUUGAAUUUAGUGCAAGGCUGAUGCAAGAGGAAAGGUUUGAAGAACUGGGCGUUUUACUAAAGCCCUUCGGGCCAGGGAAAGUUUCUCCUCGGGAAACUGCUAUAUGGCUAUCCAAGAGCUUUAAAGAAAACACGUGCAAACCAGAAGAUCAGAUCCUAUAAGCACCCAACACGUGUAAAGUAGUCUUUGUUUAAACAGUUUUAGGUCUUAAGACAUUUGUAAAAUUGUAAGCGGAAACAUUCCUAGAACCUGAUAUUGUAGGUUAUGUAGCUUAGGAUUUAUCCAGCAGUUCCUUCUAGUAAGUACCCUAGUAAUUUCAUUGCGUACAGCAUACCAAAUUGCUGUCUUGCUGAUAGGCUGAGGAAACAUCUUUUUUUUCUAAUGUUAGCAUCCUACGGAGUCAUUAAUGAACAGCUUAAAGCUGAUGGUAGAUUUGUUUUUCUGUCUUUA